AUGAACUUUGGUAACCAAACACCAACUAUUGUUGUCCUGAAAGAGGGUACUGAUGCCUCUCAAGGUAAGGGCCAGAUCAUCUCAAACAUCAACGCAUGUUUGGCAAUUCAAGAAACCUUGAAGCCAACAUUGGGUCCUUUAGGAUCAGACAUCUUGUUAGUGAACUCUAAUGGCAGGACUACAAUUUCUAAUGAUGGUGCAACCAUAUUGAGACUUUUGGACGUGGUACACCCAGCUGCGAAAACUUUAGUUGACAUUUCCCGAGCUCAAGAUGCCGAGGUAGGUGACGGAACAACGAGUGUUACAAUUUUGGCUGGUGAGAUAAUGAAGGAGGCUAAGCCAUUCCUGGAAGAGGGUAUCUCAUCUCAUAUUAUCAUGAAAGGCUACAGAAAGGCAGUUAGUUUAGCCAUUGCAAAGAUUAAGGAAUUGGCUGUGGACAUCUCUGGCGACAACAACAACAGAGAUCUAUUGGAACGCUGUGCCAGAACAGCGAUGUCCUCGAAGUUGAUCAGUAAUAAUGCCGACUUUUUUGUGAAGAUGUGUGUGGAUGCUGUAUUGUCUCUUGAUCAAAACGAACUAGAUGACAAAUUGAUCGGUAUAAAGAAGAUUCCGGGUGGUGCAAUGGAGGACUCCAUUUUUGUAAAUGGUGUUGCCUUCCAGAAAACAUUUUCAUACGCAGGAUUUGAGCAGCAGCCAAAGAAAAUUGAACAUCCAAAGAUAUUGACUUUGAAUGUUGAAUUGGAAUUGAAGGCAGAAAAGGAUAAUGCUGAAGUACGUGUUGAACACGUCGAUGAUUACCAAGCUGUAGUGGAUGCUGAAUGGCAAAUAAUUAUCGACAAGUUGAAGCAGAUCGAAGAUUCAGGAGCAAACAUCGUUUUAUCCAAACUCCCUAUCGGCGAUUUGGCCACUCAAUACUUCGCUGAUAGAAACAUCUUUUGCGCCGGUAGAGUUCCAAGUGAAGAUAUGAAUAGAGUUAUUCUAGCAGUUGGGGGAUCUGUUCAAUCCACCACAUCCGAUAUCAAGCCAGAGCACUUGGGUACAUGUGAUUUAUUCGAAGAAGUUCAAAUUGGCUCUGAACGUUAUAAUCUAUUUGAAGGAUGCCAUGAAGCGAAAACAUGCACACUUCUUUUGAGAGGGGGUGCAGAACAGGUCAUUGCAGAGGUCGAGCGUUCCUUACAUGACGCCAUUAUGAUAGUAAAGAGAGCGGUGCAAAAUAGACUGAUUGUCGCUGGAGGUGGUGCGAUAGAGAUGGAAGUUUCCAAGUACUUGAGGGAUUACUCGAAAACAGUUCCUGGUAAGCAGCAGUUAAUUAUCAAUGCAUUCGCUAAGGCUUUAGAGGUUAUCCCCAGACAACUAUGUGAAAACGCUGGUCUAGACGCCAUCGACAUUCUGAACAGAUUGAGGAUGGCCCAUAGCAAAGACGAGAAGUGGUAUGGUGUUGACUUUGAAACGGAAAACAUCGGAGACAAUUUCUCUAAAUUCGUGUGGGAACCGGCAUUGGUGAAGAUAAACGCUUUGAGUAGCGCGACUGAAGCAACUAAUUUGAUUCUUUCAGUCGACGAGACCAUUAGAAAUCAAGAAAGUCAACCUGCGAAUGCCGGUAUGAUGCCUCCUCAAGGUGGCAGAGGUAGGGGUAUUCCUAUGCGUUGA